AUGUUUACCGUCAAUUUGAAGUACGCCAUCACGGUAAAUUUGGCGAGAUCACUACCAUGGGCACGUUUAAAAACUUCAGGUAUAUAUCUGAAUAAGGCGGCUUCUAAGCGCUACUCAAAGUCAGUGGCACCAUCGCCCGAGCCUUACACGACGAUUUCACUAGACGGUACUACCAAAGAAAAUAGUCAAUAUAAGGUUACUGGUAAUCCAGUCGAAAACGAGUUAGUCCGAGAAGGAAAACUCGGGGGGGCGUUUCUCGAUACGAAUAUUCUCGGGUGCCUUGUAGAGCGUGAAACUCAGACCCAGUGGGUGAAUAACCUCCUGGCGAAUGCGACCAGGCUAGCUACAUGCGAAUCAGCUGUAGUAGAAUACUUGGCUAGUCCAGUAAUCGUUCUAGAUUUAAGUUACGAAAUCGUGAUUGAUCGACUCACAAAGAAGGGGGUGACGAUUCUACCUGGAGCCUGCGCCAGUUCUGAUAGCGCCGCAUUUAUGUGUCAAAUUCUUAAGCAGUCGUAUCAAAGGCUCCACGCGGCGGCAAUGAAGUCACAAGAUCUGGAAGUUCGUGCUCACAAGUUAAGGGAAUCUGGAAAGAUUUGGGGGCGUUCUCUGAAGAAGAGUUUGCACGACCUCAUGCUGGCGUCUGAAGCCCACCGUCAAGGUCUCGCGUUCCUCUCUCGCGAUGCCAAUUUCGGAGGGCACUUCGGGAUUACUUUGACCGAAAUGGGAAUUACAACUUACUUAAUCCCAGAAUCGUGGACUAUGGAGGAACUUGAAUCCCAGACUGGAAGAUCUAAGAGUGAGAAGUAG